AUGAUUGGAGAGGCAGGGGAUGUGGAAGAGGCUGUUUGGAUUGAGUGUGAAGAGGCUGAUAAAGAAUUUGUGUAGUCUCUUUGGGAACAUCUCCAGGUGUCAAAACCAGAUCUUACUCAAGCUGUCAGCUUGGUUGUGGAAAGAGAAAAACAGAAAGCUGAAGUCAAGGACAGAAGCAUUUUUGAGGUUUUGCAAGCCAAAGACAGCAAAAUAGAAUCUCUAGAACAGAGACUCACAGGACAGCAGCAGGAGCUAAACAGCUUAAUGCAGAGAAAAAGUGCUGUGAAUGAGGAAAAUGUCCGUUUGAAGAAUGAAUUCGGGAACUUGAACCGGAAAUUUAAAGAUAAAAGCCAAGAAGUUAAGGACACUGAGGAGUGUGCACAGAAAAAGGAAGAGCAAAACAGACUGGUUAUAAAAAACCUGGAGGAGGAAAAUAAGGGAUUAAAUAUAUGCUGUGCUGACCUGCUAAGUGACCUGGAGAAGCUGAGGAAGCAGGAGUCACAGUGGAAAAAAGAAAAAUCUGGCAAUGAUACCAGAAUAAAGGUACGAAGUGGAAUGGACUCCUGGAUGUUUCAGAGACAAGAGAAAAUUAAAAGUUUGCACCAUACAUGCAGUAACUUGUCAUCUCAGGUAGAUGUGAAACAGGAAGAACUUUUCCAAAAGGAUUGUGAUGUGGUCGGAGCUAAGUAAGAAGGAGAGGAGCUACAGAAUCUUUACAGACAAAACAUUGAAGAUAGAACACAGCAGGCUGAGCUGAUAAAGCAGCUAGAGUCUCUCAAUGCUGAUACACAAAAAGUACUGCAAGACCAAGAAUAUGCUUGCACAGCUAAAAUAAUAUAUCAAAAAGUAUGUAUCAAAAAGUAUGAGCUUUAUGUUCAUAGGGUUCACUUUAAUAUCCAUCUGUACAGUAUCAAUGCACAGAGUAAUCAAAGCUCUUUUCUUAAGAAUGUGUCUUCUGGAUCAAGUUUGUUGAUUGAAAACUUUACUGUUUGCCAGCUGCUCGUCAUUGCUUUCAGAACGCCACUGGCAUUAGAGUUAAAUGAGUUUCCUCUCAUCAAUGCAGUCCAAGGUAUUUCUUUAAGUGAGCUAGAGGGCUAUAUUACAAAACAAGAAUCUGAAAUGGAGCUUUUACAGAAAAAAAUGAAGGAAGCGGAUCUUAACCUAGCAGAGCAUAAUUUGUACACUGCAGAUACUCUGGAAAGCAACAGUAUAAGGACUGGAAGAAAGCACGAGGAACCACCUGUGAAACAUUCAAGGUCUCUGUCCCCAAAGAGCUCUUUAGAGUCAGAGGAGCUAAAGAAGCUUAAAAUAGCUGAAAGGAAGAUUGAAAACUUAGAGAAGACACUGCAGCUAAAGUCUCAAGAAUCCUAUGAGCUAAGAGCAGCCUAUGGAAAACAUGAAGAAAGGCUGCAGAUGAUGUUACAGACCAACUACAGAGCGCUAAAAGAGCAAAUAAAGCAGUGGGCAAUAGCAAAGCCACUCUUUAAGCUUAGUGAAGAUGAUGGGAUCAAGGGUAAUACUCCAAAGAAGUAUAUGAGAGAAGUUUCACAUGAGAUGCUACAGAAGGUACAACAACUAGGAAGAAGAUUCAAAGCUAUUGAAGGGGAAUUAAAGAAAGAGAAAGAAGUAAAUAAAGACUUACUGAAUGAAAAAGUGUAUUUGAAAGAAUCUUUAAAACUGCAAAAGGAAGAUGCAGACACAAGAAAAAGAGAGCUGGAAGCACUACUUAAGAGGAUCUGUGAGGUAAAAAAGGAAAAAGCAGAACUUCAAUUCGUGAUUGAUGAGAAGGAAAAAGAAGCUGCCUCUUUGAAGAGGCAAGUGACAGAAGCUAACAGGUUGAGAAAUGAAAGUGAAGAUUUGCUGAGUCAAGUGCAGGAGCAGAAGUGUUUGCUGGAUAAAGCCAAAGCAGUGGCAAUCUCUGGGCAAUGUAAUUGCAAGAUAACAGGCACCAAGGUUAAAUUAAAAACAGCCAAGAAAAAGAGCUCUUUGGGACAUCAUGGAGCUUUUCUCAAACAGUCCAUCAAGGUUAUGAGUAAUGUGUUUGAGAACUUCAGUAAGGACAGCUGGGAGGAUAUGAGUGAAAGCAGUGACUCUGAAAUACCAACUUCUGAAAGCUUGGAAACAGUGAUUAUGAAGAUAGUGCAAAACAUUGAUCCACUGCCAGCCAGAAGUAAACAAGAAGAAAAAAAAGCCCUAUAUGCCAUUUUAUGUUCAGUGAGUAGAGCAAAAGGGACAAAUAUCACUGUCCAGAAACUGUGCUACACUGUUACUACACUGCAGGAAAAAAUUGAGCCGCUACAGAAGCAGGUAGCUAUUGUACAGAGAGAAAAAAAAAGACAGCAGUGAUUUCCAUUAAAAAUGUUAUACAAACCAAUGAAAAAUUUAACAAGUCAGCUACAUUUGGCUGAUCAGAGACUUCAAGUUAAUAAACUGACCAUAGAGAUUUUGACCUCCAACAUGGCCAAGUGGCAACAGGAGAAGGAAGAUCUACAAGGAAAAUUAGAGUUGAGAGAACAUCUGUCUCAAACUGCUGGCAAGAGUGAAGCCACACCAGCUCCUUCAAAGAACAUUGAUUCAGAGAAGAAACAGCUGCAGUGCAAACUGAAGAACUCGAACACUGAGAUCGCUAAGCAGUCGACCACCAUUAAGUCACUAAAAAGACAAGUCCAGGAAAAAGAAGAAUGGAUUCGGGAGCUGCAAGCGAAAAUUUCUGAGUUGGAGAGGGAUGCUACUAUGAAAAGACAUUUAAUUCAAAACUUAAAGUUUUGCCUAAAAGCAAAUCAAGAAAAUGAGAAAAUCUCAAUUGAAACAUUGGAAAGUCUUGAGAGAAAGGUGAAGGCACUGGCUGAAGAAAAAGCUUCCAUUGAUUCAAUGAAACAAAGGUUUAAUGUAGCUAUGAAAGAGAAGUCUCAGUAUGAGCAGAUGUAUCACGAAGCUAAAGAUGAUUUGGAGAAAAAGGGUCUGAAGAUUACUAAACUAGAGAGAAAAGUGAUUGAGACUGAAUGUGCUAUGACUGAGCUUGAAACUGCUGCAUCUCAACAAUUGCAUGGCUUGGCUAAGCAGAGUACACAGGCUUUGUGAACUCUACAGAAACAGCUGCUGCUCACCAGUGACAAAGUUGAAGAGUUCAAGACAUUUGUGAAGACUCCAACCAGAGAAUUACAUCUCAGUGUACAACAGCUGAGAAAAAAAAAUCAAACUUACAAAAAAAGGGAGAUGAAAGCAUGCAAAAAGGGUCUUUUCCAAGAGAGUAUUCAGUUAGCAGCCUCUAUCCUUAAUGUUUCAACCACUGAUCUUUAUGAAAUACUACAAGAAGGAGAUGAUGAGGAAACAGCAGAAACAAAAAUGGAAUUUGAAAAAGAUAAAGAAUGGCUACAGCAUAUACAGAAACUUCUUGAAGCACAGUUUCCUUUUGCCUCAUACUUAAUGGAUGCUGUACUGGAAAAAUUAAAUGAGAAGAAGAAAUUGGUAGAAGAGUGCAGUUCCCUCAUGAAGCACACUGUAUGAUAUUGCUAAGAUUUAUGUUUGCAAAGUGUGACUAAAAUGUGUGCUGUUCCCUCAUGUCUUUCCUCUUCUCAUAAAGAACUGUCAAUAUGCAUGUUCAAUACAUACACAGAAACCAUGAACUAAUUAAUUGUUGAACAAGAGGAAUUAAUUAAAUUCCUAUUAGAAAGCAGUGUGGUAUUUGAUUCCUGAAGAGAAAAAAUGCUGCAAAUCAAUGCAAAGCUCAAAAUUAUUUUCCUUUAAAUGUGUUGGCAGUGAACACAUGUGCAGGCUUUGUAGAGAGAGGAUGUCUUUGUUAUGACUAAUACAGAGCUGUACAAUUUUGAAAGAACAAAAAGCAGCCAAGUAAUACCUGAUUGUACUAAAUCAGAACAGUACAAGUAGGAUUUACAAAGGAACUGGGAAUAUCACUGUGAUUUUGAAUACCUAAUUUCUUUUAGUUUCUUUGUAAAACCCAACUUUUUGAUAUAUGCUACAUAAAACGAUGUGAUUUUAUGUUAGAAAAAGUGAAUGAUUGUAGAAUAAAAAUAUUCUGUGUGGAAUAAUACAGAAAAAGCUGUACUUACCUCUGAGCAUACUGGAGCAUAAUAUGUGCAAUGUAUUUAAAAAUUCAAUAAAAUAAAGUUUUUUCUAUUAU